GGAGAGAAAGUGAAAGUGCUCGCGGAGUGGUUUAGGGGAAUUUUGUUCUGUUCUGUUCAUUUGUUUGCAGCAGAAAGUCGCUCAUUUCACAGCUGAGAGGAGCCAUGAGAGAGCUUUCCACCAUCUAUAAACUCUCUGUCAUUGCCUUUGCGCUGCUGGGCGGGGUGUGUUGUUCGAAAUGCUCGGUACUGGAGUGCUGGUUUGUUCAGGAAAGGCCGGGCGGUGGAGGCUUCUCAGUGAGAAUGAGCCAGGAGAAAUCCGCGCUCUACAUCAACAGCAAGAAGAAUGAACAGAAACCUCCAUCAGACAUCAGUCCUUCCAGAAUUUACUACGUUUCUGAUCCUGCGUCCACAUUCUGCAGCUCUGCCCUCCACCCACCAGAGGGCACUGUGGACAAACCACAGUGUGAGAUAAACCCUUUCACCCCUCAAGCCUCCAUGGUCACUUGGGCAGCGGAUCUCACCGCCUCUGCACAAAGCCCCGUGUACCUGAACGGCCACUGGUUUUCUGUAGCUGCACAAGGUCUGAAGGGAGACCUGACUCUGGCCAACGUGAUGCAGGCGUCGUCUGAGCCGAAUGAGCCGAGGGUAAUCCUCAGCGUCUCCAGUAAAACCUCCACCAUCCACUCCAGAUUAGGAGAACCGGUUCUCCUAGACUGUGGGUUCUGGGUCGAUCCAUCUUCACCUCUGCAUGAUUCUGGGUUCGCCGUGGAGUGGCGCUACCAGUUCCGGGGUGAAGGCAGGCUGGUCGUGGCCUACGACGCAAAGAACGAUCGCUUCGCCAAGACGUCAGAGACGGACGCUGACUUGGAUAUCGUGGGUCUUUACGAGACAGGAAACGCAUCACUGGUGCUGAAAGAGGCCCAAGUGAGGCAUGUUGGGACGCACAUCUGCACCAUUUACCUGCCUCACCUUCUGGCUCAGGUGGCCUUAGAGAUGGAGAUAGUGGAGCCUCCAUCGCUGGCGAUCUACCCCUCCCCUCUGCCGCUGUCUGUCCCAGGACAGGUGGUCACGGUCCACUGCGAGGCCUCCGGUUUCUAUCCCCUGACUCUGGACCUGGACUGGGAGUUCACUGACACUGAUGGGAAUAAGCGCUCGCUCGGGCAGGGCAGGCUUUCGGGCCACAGGCAGGCCAGCGACGGGACUUUCAGCCAAAGCUCUCGCUUAGAGCUUGACUCAUUUAAACUGGGACUCGGGCGAGGCGGAGAGGUCAGCUGCGUCACCAAACACCAGGGAGGAUCUCGACGGGCCUCUGUGACGCUGAAUGUCGUCAGUGUCAGCGCUCCGUCUAUUGAGGACUCCAUGGCCAUGGUCGCUGUGGCUCUUGUGCUUUAUGGAGCAAUAAAGUUAGUUUUCUGGAUGUUCAGCUCUAACGGUACGAGCAACGAAGUCUCCAAUGAUGAGAAGAAGAAAUAAUCCUGUAUCCUGCCGUGUCCUGCUGGACCAUUCCUCAGGCUGCAGAUGCUGAGAAAUGAAAGAAAUGUAAAUAAUCUCCUGUGAAAAGAUGCACACUUUCUGAUUUAUCUUUUUUCAAGAAAUUCCUUUUCACUGGAGCUUUUCUGUGCACUUGAAAUGAUGAUGGUGUGUGUGUGUGUGUGUGUGUGUGUGUGUGUGUGUGUGUGUGUGUGUGUGUGUGUAAAUGUUGAAAAGGAAAUAGAAACCGUGUAGUUAUUAGUGCUGGGUGUUUUAGGAUUCUUUUCUGUGAAUUUCUAAUUUAAAAAAAAGAAAGUACAGCUGUAACAUGAACUGGUUUGAUGAAAACUAUUUUAUUAAACUGCUCUACUAUCAAGAGUUUAAUGUUCA